CUGAAUCCAGAUUUAAUGGGUAUGAAGUUGAAAAAUAAUGGCAAUAUAAGCUUUCAUACUAUGAUAAAAUGUGUAGAUAAAGAUGGCUUGGUUGCCUUUGAAGAUGGAUUCUCUAUACAUGCAGAUGCCAUAAUCCACUGCACAGGAUACAAGUAUCACCUUCCAUUCCUUGAAACCAAUGGAAUAGUAACCGUUGAUGAUAAUCGCGUUGGUCCACUAUACAAACAUGUCUUUCCUCCUGGAUUGGCUCCAUGGCUCUCUUUCGUUGGUUUACCCUAUAAGGAUGCUGUUUUUCAUGUAUAUGAGUUGCAAUCCAAAUGGGUUGCAAAGGUUUUAUCUGGUAAGGUUCGCUUACCUACGGAAGAAGAGAUGACGGAAUCUGUUAAAGACUACUACAAAUUUAUGGAGGAAAAUGGGUUGCCCAAGCGUUACACUCAUUCCCUUCGUCCAUUUCAGGUUGACUACAAGCCCUGGCUAGUUAAACAAAUUGGGAUGCCUCCGUUGGAAGAUUGGAGGGAGAAUAUGUAUGCAGAGUGCUUUAAGAAUUUUAUCGAAAAUAGCGAAAAAUAUAGAGAUGAAUGGGAUGAUGUUUAUUGGGAUGCCAUCAUUCAAACUGCAUCAGCUUCCUAAAAGCAAUGACAUUGCAUUUCCCCUGCGAAUUAUUGAUUUAGGUUCUCUCAAGAUUGAUAUUUAAUAUUUAUUGUUGUAAUCAAAUUUUUGUAAUGAUAUCAUAAUAUAUUCAUUAUGAACUUGUGAGAGAAUGAGAAUGAGAAUAUGUAUUCAGAAUGGGUGGGUAAUGAAAAUUGCAAAAGCAGUGGUAUAGAUUAGAGUUCUUAAGACUUACCGUUUAAGGCUAGCUGAGGGUGGAACGGGAAGUGUGUCUUAGACUAGUUGAGAGUGGGAGGAGGAAGUGUAUU